GAUUUCCUUCUGACGUAAAUGCUUGUUUUUGUUUUUUUCAGCUUUUAUUAAAGAAAGGAAGAUGGGCUUAAACGACUUCAUCCAGAAGCUUGUUUCCAACCCUCCCAUCUGUCAACACGCCGAGGUUGGUUCGUUCUUAAAAAUCGAUGAGAACCAGAAUGAGGAGCUGGAGGAGAAUCACCUGUAUUUGGCCAAUCCCAGGAGCUCUUUGGCUGAGGAGACUCAGAUAAAACCUUCGGAUUUCGACUACUUAAAGAUCAUUGGGAAGGGGAGCUUUGGAAAGGUUCUGCUCGCAAAGCACAAGGAAAAUGAACAAUACUAUGCUGUGAAGGUGCUGCAGAAGAAAAUCAUUCUGAAAAAGAAAGAGCAAAAGCAUAUCAUGGCAGAAAGGAGUGUAUUAAUGAAAAAUAUCAAGCAUCCAUUCCUGGUGGGGCUGCACUACUCUUUCCAAACCACAGACAAACUGUAUUUUGUGCUAGACUACGUCAAUGGAGGCGAGCUGUUCUACCACCUCCAGCGUGAGCGGGUGUUUUUGGAGCCCAGGGCGAGGUUUUAUGCUGCUGAAAUCGCUAGUGCACUCGGUUACCUCCACUCACUGCACAUAGUUUACAGUUUAUUGAAUCUACAGACUGGUCCCACUGAUCUCCGGCACUUUGACCCAGAGUUCACCCACUUACCCGUGUCGACCUCUCUAUGCAACACCGAUAACCUGCACGUGACCAGCAGCGUACGGGAGGCUGCCGGAGCAUUCCCAGGCUUUUCUUACGGUCCCCCGGCUGACCAUGCCUUCCAGUAAUGGCUUCCAUGACCCUCCAGAACGUCCAUUCCAGCAUCGCUAGACGCAUCCAGAAGAAGGACCACAGUGUGGGACACUUAGCUCUUCCGAUUUAUUUGAAUGCACGACCUGGCAGCACAAGGGACACUCGUGCAUUACCAACACAAACUACAGUAACAACAACUUCCAGAAAAGAUGCAAUGUGUGCCAAUGGAUGCAGAGAGGACUUGAGCUCCUAGAGAGAGAGCUUAGAAGUGCCUGAGAAUUUAACUGAUGAUCUGUGGAAAAAAAAACAGGCAUUUGUACAACAAGCUAUUGCUUGCCAGAGACAAUGGCACCAGCUACUAGGCGAAACGCCUUUUGUGAUCUUUUACAUUUGAUCAAAAUGUCUUUGGAUGAUGUUUUAUUUAAUUGCAUUUUUCAUGCAUCAUUGCACAGUGGAGGUAAAGGAUCAAGAAAAGUACAAAAUACAUGGAUGGUCCGAAAAAGGGGUUAUUAUAUCAACCCCCACCAAUACAAGAGGAUACACAGGCUGUCCGACUCAAAUAUCAAUAAAUUUUUACUGAAUACAAAUGUUAAUUUAAUAACUGCAUUAUUUAUCAUACUGCAUUAUAUUAGUGUGGUUUAGCUUAACUCUUCAGUCCUACUUAAAACUUCCUAAGCUACGUUUAGGUUUAUAUUAGAAGGAAAAUGAGUUAAACAAGGCUUUUAGCUGUGAUUAUUUGUCUGAAUGACUAGAAGAUAUCCUGUGUUCCUCCUAAAAUCAAUAUUUUGUCUUACAAGUACUUUCUUACCUUUUUUUUUUCUCCAAUACCAGCACUUUUACACAAAAUGCCAGACACUGUGUUUCCUGUGAAGGCAAUUUUAGUAGUCGCACAUCACAUUCUGUUACAUUUAGUGAGAUGGAUGUAUGUUUUAUACAUCUGUUUAUCAUUGCUAUCUGAAGUGAUUGCUGUCCAUUGCAAACACAGCAUGUCGAUUAGAUUGUAUUGAAACCUUUGCAUCAUGUACAGAAGUUAUGUAGGAG